UUCUAUCUCUCUAUUUCUCUCUCUCUAUGGACGAGGCUGCCAGAGAAACAGAAACUCAAGAUUUCAUGAACGUCGAAUCCUUCUCUCAGCUUCCUUUCAUUCGCCGUCCUAAAGAUAAGAACCCUAAACCCAUUCGUGUCUUCGGCAAAGAUUUCACCGGCGGAGGUUUCUCUAGUACCACCGGUCAAGAAGACUACUCCGAUCCCUACCAGACCAAAGACAAAGAAGAAGAAGAAGAAGAAGAAGACCAAACCGGAGAUAACAGUAAGGACAAUAAUAGCAUCAGCAACAACAGGAGAUUCGAGUGUCAUUAUUGCUUUAGAAACUUUCCUACUUCACAAGCCCUAGGUGGACACCAAAACGCUCACAAACGCGAACGCCAGCUCGCCAAACGUGGUGUUCCCUCCUACUUUUAUCAUCCUGACAAUAACCCUUACAGUUACCGUCAUUACCCGUCGUGGACCAGUGGUCCAUUAACAGCGGCUAGGUCCUAUGGAGGAUAUGCUUCUGGUCCUCAGCUGUCGGCGUAUUAUACACGACCGAGCUAUGGGAGUCAGUUAGGGCUAUGGCGUCUACCGCCUCGAGUUCAAGGCGUUUAUAACUCAAACGCAGCGUUGACUAGUAAUGGCUCUUCUUCUAAUUCGAGUUUACCGUUGUUGGCCGGUUCUCGAACCCAACUACCAUCUCAAGUGGGUGGCUCCGCUGCUCAGAACAGAAUGUCAUCGUACCGGUACGGAUUGAGCUCUAACGUGCAAGAUCAUGUGAGUCUCGAUCUUCAUCUUUAAAGAUUUGAAAACAAAUUAAAACUCGGAGUGUUCAUGUAACUUAGUGAAAGAGAAAACUCUAAGUUAUUGAGUGUUAAGUAACUUUAACGAUUCAACUUCUUAUAACAUAUUUCCCUUAUUGAGUUGAGUGUUAUGUAACUUAGUGAAGGAAAAAAUUCACGCCGUGUUUAUGCUUCUGAAUAAGAAACGGCACGAUGUGUAAGAUUCACGUAUUUUAUUUUGUUUAAUACUUUAAUGUUCAUCGUUCUUUUUGUUUUGUUUUUCCACACGUGCUUAGAUGAAGGAAAGGAAUUUACCA